UCUUUUUCAUUUGUCUCUGUAUCUGUUGUUUUGUUCUUUGUGUUGAGAUAGUAAAUAAAAAAGAUACUUCAAUUUCUCUCCUUUUAUAGGUAUGAUAACGACAUUCAUGACCGAUUAUGGUUUCCAUACUGUCUAUAAGCACGAACCUUUUGGUCAAUAGUACAAAUAGCUUCUACGAUGUGCCACAACGUGUGGUGAAGACUGCCGCCGUCCCUGCAAAUUCUAGUCAGCCUCUGACCUUAAAUUUGACUCUGGACGAGACCACUGCAGAGUCAUAUAUAUACAUGCAUUUCGCAGAAAUACAAAAUCUUGAAGCUAAUGAGACCAGAGAGUUUAAUGUCACUUAUAAUGGGGACCAAGAAUGGUUCUCCUAUUUUAGGCCUCCAAAUUUCAAGAUAACAACUGCAUCCAGUCGAGAAGCUAUGAGUUCUCCAGAUGGGAAUUUCAAUUUCACUUUAGCCAUGACCGGUAACUCAACUCUUCCUCCUCUUAUCAACGCCGUCGAGAUUUAUGAAGUCUUAGACCUUCGACAGCUUGAGACUGAUGAAGAUGAAGUUUCUGCUAUGGUGAACAUCAAGAGAAGUUAUGAGUUGAUGAAAAAGGUUAACUGGUGUUUGAACGGGAUUCAGUCGAUUAGGUUGAAAGAACUCGGAAAUGGGAUGACUAAAGACGUUUUAUUAGAUUCAAACCAAAGGGUUACAAGAGUGGCAGGAAAGUGA